CUGGCUGGUUUAGAUUCGCUGGGUUUAAAUAGCAGCUGCAGGGGCGGCGGAAGAAGAAGAAGACAGGGCGGUGAUGGGUAUCAGAGACGAAGGUGGUCCUGGGAGCUCCCAUGGCGACGGCGAGGUGGCUAUUGAAAUUCCAGAUACUGUUCAUCAAGUCAGCAAUGAUUCAUGGUUUCAAGUUGGAGUUGUUCUAAGUACGGGAAUCAACAGUGCGUAUGCUCUAGGGUAUGCUGGAGCUAUUAUGGUCCCACUAGGUUGGGUAGGCGGUGUGGUUGGGUUGAUCCUAUCCACCGCCAUAUCAUUAUAUGCUAGUACGCUUAUAGCUAAGCUUCAUGAACUUGGAGGAAAGAGGCAUAUCAGAUAUAGAGACCUUGCAGGCUUUAUAUAUGGUCCAACUGCUUAUUCACUUAUUUGGGCAAUACAGUAUGCAAAUCUAUUCAUGGUUAACACUGGGUAUCUUAUUCUUGGUGGCCAGGCCUUAAAGGCCUUUUAUGUUCUCUUUAGAGACGACCAUGUGAUGAAGCUUCCUUACUUCAUUGUAAUAGCUGGAGUGGCAUGUCUCCUCUUUGCUAUUGCUAUACCUCAUUUAUCAGCACUUAGGAUCUGGCUUGGGGUUUCCGCUUUUCUUAGUUCAGUCUACCUUCUUGCCACAUUUGUGCUGUCUAUCAAAGAUGGUGUAAAUGCUCCUCCUAGAGACUAUAACAUCCUGGGAACAAAAAUAGGCAAAAUAUUUACAACUAUUGGUGCAGUUGGCAACCUAGUGUUUGCUUUUAAUACAGGAAUGAUUCCAGAGAUACAAGCUACUGUUAAAGAACCUGCGGUGAAGAACAUGAUCAAAGCACUUUCCUUUCAGUUCACAGUAGGAGUGAUGCCAAUGCUUGCUGUUACAUUCAUGGGGUAUUGGGCUUAUGGAUCCAGCUCAUCGUCCUAUUUGCUCAAUAACGUCCACGGCCCUGUUUGGUUAAUGGCAUUUGCUAACAUGUGUGCUUUCUUGCAAGCUAUCAUCUCUAUGCAUAUAUUUGCAAGCCCGACGUACGAAUAUUUGGACACAAAGUAUGGGAUGAAAGGAAGUGCGUUCAUGCCGCGCAACCUGGGAUUCAGAACUUUGGUCAGAGGCGGCUAUUUAGUCCUCACCACAUUCCUUGCAUCUCUACUGCCUUUCCUCGGGGACUUCAUGAGCCUUACCGGGGCCAUCAGUGUGUGCCCCAUCACAUUCAUUCUCGCAAACCACAUGUACAUGGUUGCUAAAAGAAGCCGGCUAUCUUCCUUGGAGAAGAGCUGGCAUUGGUUGAAUGUUGUCUUCUUUGGUUGCUUAUCUGCUGCUGCUUUUGUUGCUGCUAUAAGGUUGAUUGUAGUCGACUCUAAUACGUACCAUGUUUUCGCUGAUUUAUAGUUUUUCUUUCCUUUUAACAUUUUCUUUUGGGGUUAUCUUUUAACCUCGAGACAAAUGUAUUAUAAUCUGUAUAGACAGAAUAAUUUGCUUGACAAAAAAAUCAGUCAGAUGGUGAUGCUUUCUAGCAGAAUUUGUGAUACUUUCUUCAAUGGACACUCUAAAAAGCAUUGCAAAUAUUGUUAAAAGUGUUUGGACA